UUCUCUGGUUAUUUUGUUGUACUUUUUGCUGUGUGAUUUUGUUUUUCAAAAUAAGACUUUGGUCCCCAUUGGAGCGAGGAAAAAAGACAAAGUUCGUGAUACCAAUCCAAGCCAAAUCUAACCAUUGAUUUUCGAUCUUGACGUCCCUCUCUCUCUCUCUCUAAAACCCUUAUCUCUUUCAAAGCUCUUAGCUUUGGGUUUUAGAAACCGAAAGAACAAAGAAAAGUAUUGAAAAAUAAAGUAUUUUGAUUUAUAGCUUUUCUUCGAGAGUUGGGCUCGGAGUAAAGUAAUUUGCAUUUCUACCCAUUAUUGGCUUGGGUGAUUCUUCUCUCUGAUUCAAUGCGCUUGCAGUCUACAAGGAUCAAGAAGCAAUGUCGAAUUCAACUAGGAAGAAGAAAGAGAAGAAACCAAGCCCUCAACAACAAGUCCGAAGAAUCCGAGUCAUUUUCGAUGAUCCAGACUUAACUGAAUCGUCGGGUGAUGAAGAAGAGGAAGAGGAAGAGAAAAAACCCGUGGAAAUUGAGAAAACGAAGCGAAAACGGGCCGUUGUUGAAUUCAGCAUAUCAUGGCCCAAGCCCUUCAAAAACGCACCAAGACCCAAUAAAGCGAAGAGAGUUGUAGCCCAGUUGAGGCCCACUAAGGCGCCGUCGAGGCCCAAGAGGAGCUCAUUGUAUAAGGGGGUAAGGCGGAGGGCAUGGGGUAAAUGGGCCGCGGAGAUCCGCGACCCGAUAAGGAAAGCCCGUCGAUGGCUCGGUACGUACAAUACCGCCGAGGAGGCUGCAGAGGCGUACAGAGAAGCAGCGAGGCAAAUACAGGAGGAAAAAAUAGCCAUCGAGAGUAACGAGGGCGUCGAAAAUAUUAAAUUUUCUCAUAGUUCUCCUAUAUCGGUUUUGGAUGAACCGGAUCCGGGUACGAAAGCGGAGGACGAUCCGAUAACGGAGGGUUUAUUAUGCAGUUGUAUGGCAGAUGGGGAGUUUGACGACUUGGCGGGUUUGGAUUUUGGGUUUUGGGGGUUUAAGGAUGCUGAUGAGAUUCCUAGUUUGGAUAGUAUAGUUUUGGACUGGAUGGAUGAUAAAUUUUGACCAAAAGAAGAAAAAAAAAAAGAAAAGAAAAUGUUGAUUAGAUUUAUUCUUUUGAGAGAGUUUUGAAGGCCUUGGAUUUUUGAGAGGUGUCCAAGGAAAUUUAAUGCGAGUAAUCCUUGUUUUGUAACGUUGUAUUAGUGAUGCUAAGUGUGAUUUAUGAAAAAAUAUUGAUAUGUUGCUAGUUUAUUAACCUAAUGUAUUUGCUGAGAUAUUUUUGUUC